AUGUCCCAUAAGACGGAGGAAGACUACGUUGCAGUAUUACAGGCCAUUGUGGAUGCCAUCCAGGAGACGAGUGUUGAAGAGUUCAUGGUGGAUUUUGAAGUUGGUGCCUGGUUAGCCAUCCGCCGUGUCUUUCCUGCAGUUGCUAUCAAGGGGUGUGUGUUCCACUGGACCCAAGCAGUCUGGAGGCAUGUGCAGUCCUGUGGUUUGGUGAGGGCGUACAGGGAGCAGGAAGCAGUCCACAAGUACAUCCGCCAACUACUUGCGCUACCCUUUCUACCUGCCCAGCACAUCAUUGCCACCUUCCCGCACCUUAGAGACAGAGCCAACACACCCCAACUAGAGGACCUUGUCAACUACAUCGAUCGUCAGUGGUUCCAUCACCGGGUGUUCCGGGUGCAGGACUGGUCCAUUUUUCAACGCACCAUCCGGACCAAUAACGACGUCGAAGGAUGGUUGUGA